UAUAAUUGCUUUCUAGUCUUAAUCAUAACUGUUUAUAUUAUAAAAUCAAAAGCUUCCUGGUCUUCAGAUUUACAGCUUGAAAAAUUAUCUGACUACCUGAAAAUUAAAGGGACAGGGCAGUGUAUUAAAUCUGUUCCUGUUGGACUUCAGGUGACAAAUAUAUGAAUGUUCCUCUGCUUAAGCAUCAACUUCAUUGAAAGCAUCUUAUUGAAGGAAUUCUGACAAGAUUUAUGAAGUAGAGAGCAUUUUUUUCCAACAGUGCCUUACUCUGAUAGAAGGCAAAGUUUGGGCCAAGAAGAGGGUGUCUGAAAAGAGCAUUUGGCUACUGCUGGUCUUCUUUGUUGCACAGUUUCACUGCUGCUGAAGGAUUUCUUUUUAAAUAAUCCAAGACAAAACUUGAACAAAACAGCAUCGUGUCAAACUAUCGUGAAUUGUCUGUCUGUGAUCCUUAGUUCUUUUAUCCUGAAGUAUCCUUGUUCGUUGGGAAAAUAAUAGUGGUGGUGGACUGAAAAAUUAAAGAUCGUAUUUGUAAUGGAGCAAGACAGUGCUCAGAGGAUACUGGUCUCCAAAGUAGGUUAGUGGGAUCAUAAUGCUGUAUCUUUUUUUUUUCCAAGGAAGAGAACUUCAUUCAUCACUGGAAUUUGCAGUAAUAGAUGAGAAACUGAAAAAGCACAACUGACAUUAUUUAUUUUAGAAGAAAAUAGGUCUAGUUCAGCAUUCAGAAAUGCAGUUUCACAUAUUUUGUAUCUUUCAAAGGAAACUCCAGAAACAAAGGGCUCUGGUUUCUGAAGGAGAGAUGUUUAGCAGGAUUGUCAGUGUAACAAAAUGCGUCUUGCAUUUGGAAGACCUAAACCAGGAAGGGAGAGUAGAUACGUGCCUUGUGCCAUUUACUCCAGGUGAGCCCACAGGUGUUAUGCCUCGAUCCUGCCAGCUAAAUACAGACGUGCCACAAGUUACACAACUGCUGAACUUGGCUAAAAUUCACAAGCCAGAAAUAAAAUGCAGGAGUUCUCCAGUAACAAUGCAAGAAACAGCUCGCUUGGUUAAUAGAAGACAAGGCAAUAGGAACAGCAGUAAAACUCAGGAUGUGUCACAUAUUGCAUUUGGAUCAAAGAUCCUUGGACCACCUCCAUCUUCAAACAGAAGAGUCAGCACAAGGGUAUCUGCAGAGGUAACGAAGAUUGUGGGUAGCAAAAGUAAUAGAUCAUACCAACUUCAAAGUUCAGGAAAAAGAAGUGAAUCCCUACAAAACACUGAGAGACUGGAGGUGUCGUUCUCAUCAUGCACUGAUUGUUUAGGUCAAGGAGAUAAAAGAAAUACUCACCAAGCAGCUGAAGAUGUUCAUCAAAAUGACUCCGCAAUUCAGACUCAGAAUACCUCUGAGAAUGGAAGAACAGAUUUUCAGCUCCCCUCACCACAAGAUCCAUCAACAGACAAGAACAGUCAUAGAAGAUUAUGUCUAAAAAAUGCAGACAAAAACACAUGGGAGAUAACCACUGAUGAAUGGGUGUUUCCAGAAAGUUUCACUGAGAACAUGCAGUUGGAUGGGAGCAAGCAGCACGCAGCCACUCAAGAUUCAGCUUGCUGUGAUGUAACCUCACCAGAGAUCACCUCUACUGAACAUCAGCACAAUGAAAUGGGUGAUCACAACAUGAAUCACAAAGAGAUUUUCACAUUUUCAUCAAGACCUCGAUCAGCUCCUCAUGGGAAAUCCCCAAAUAUAUCACCAGAACACUGUAUUUUCCCUCUGGAUUUGAAGCAAGACAGUAACCACGUCCAGGGGGAAACCCAAACUGAAGAUAACUUUCAAGGAACUGACAGUAGUGAAGAGGACAACAACAGCAACUUCAUCCAGAGUACUGAGAACCUUGAGAUCAGCUGCAGCAGCCAAGGAACGCCUGAUUCAGUAGUUUUUAAAGACAACACAUUAAAGAGGAUAUCACAGAGAAAUGAAAACUGGAAGAACAUGGGAUGCAGCAAACAAAACCUCGAGGAAAGCAUGGUGUCAAAACCACAAAGUUCUGCUGGGCGAAAGACAGAACCCAUCAGCAAUCAGAGAACCUUAAAGCCUACUUUUUCUCUUUCUCCAACUGGAAGUAAAACCGAAUUCUUUAAAGUCUUUCCAGAUGUGUCUGAAAAAAUAGAAAAAUCUGAGGGAGUUUCUGGUCAAAUGAAGUCAUCAGUCAGCAAAAACUCCUUCAAGAAAGUCUCAAGAGAAAAUCUGUGUGUGACAACACAGACUUGCGAGUACGACUGGAAGAACUACCAGUCAAGCAGACUGAGUGCAUCCGAACUGCAGAUGCUGGCUAGCAUGAAGAGGCAACAGAGUGAAGAAUUGAAGGAUACAGGAACCUCACAUGGGUUGAGUGCAUCACAGAUAGACAACUGUAACGUUAACAUGAGUACAAGCAGUGAUGAUACAACAACCUGGAAUUCUUGUUUCCCACCACCCGUCAGUCAGGAGCAUCACUAUCAGAAAGAAAUGAGCCCACUUUCACAUUCCAACCCACGAGACUGGCUGGAUGCAUUCAGUCCCCCCAUCACUCCUGCAAGCCAGAAAUUGGAAGAGCACAUAAAAUCUUCACCAAAUCAGAGCAUUACAGGUGAAGAUGACCUCAAUGCUGAAGAAGACGAGGAAGUCCUGACUCUAUUGUAUGAUCCGUGUCUGAACUGUUACUUUGACCCAAAUUCUGGGAAGUACUAUGAAUUGGCAUAGUCAGCUCAAGAGGACACACUGUUCUGUAUUCAGAAUAGACUUAUCUUUUAACUGCUUUUGAAGUGUGACUGGGCUGCAUAAUUUAUCAUGUAAUUUAAAUCUUGAAGUAACCAGUAGUUUUGCAAACAAAUGAAUAUAUUUUGUACAUAGUGUCUUAUUUUUAUAGUUUCACAUUAAGUUGUACUGCAGUGGAAAAUCACGUAGCGUGGAGGUUCCAGUGGGUAAGACAUUUAUUUGUUAGUGUCAUUUAUUUCCAGCAUUCAAAGCUUUUACGUGGGAAUGAAUGCAGGUGAAUCAAGAGCCUUUGUGGUGGUCAUCUCUAGCUUACGGUCUGACUCAAAUAAAGAGAACUUUUUCCACUCAUCAUUUAUUGGAUUCCUUUGUACUUUCAGGAUACGCACUACAGCCCAAACAGACACGUUCAAAGGUGUCUAUUUUGUCAGCUGCCUUUGUCAUCAGAAACAAAAACGUAGGAUGAGCUCUGGUACCAGCUGCCCUCUAUUUCCUGCUGUAAUUUGAGAUGGCAGUAAGGAGCGAUUGUUUCAACACUCAGAAAUUGGAGCCUUGUUCCAUGUAAAGGCAGGAAGGUGUAUAUAUGAUCCAUACGCAUGCAGUCCUUGCACGUUUAAAUUAGUUUUUCUGUUAUACUUUGCAACAUAAGAACAAAACUUAUGUAUCCCAUCCACAUUGUCUUUCAGUGCAGUUUCCAGUGAGGGCCCCAGAGUUCCAACUUAGAGACUGAAAUUGCGUGCAUCACAGUGUGAUUUCUUCCUGCUGUAUGUAUAAUAUCCAUGUUGACCACGGAGCAAGUCUAUGGAGAUAGAGCAGACCAUUCACAGCACUUCAAAAUAAAUGUCCAUGAAACUGUGCAGGGCAGGGGCUGCCUGUGGAAGAAGCAAAGUGUUUGGCUGUAAUGGCAUCAAGCUCACAGCAGCUUCGGAGUCCAGCAGUUCAGUAUGUAUCAGUUUUUUGGAAGAAGUUAAAGUGGAUGUCAGCAUCACAUGGCAGAAGUGAUCUAUGGCCAUUUCUGGCGAUUCGUGCUCUGAGUUUCUACUUGAUUAUAUCCAGUGCUGUUCCACAGUAAUCAUUUGCAAGUUGAUUACUCAGUGAAUUUUUAAGAAUAAUGUAUUGGAAUGUCAUAAAGUGAGCUUACGAAGCUCACUGGCAAGUGAUUUAAAAUGUUAUGUCUGUAAAUUAUUUGUAAUUAUGGAUGCCAGUUAAUGAAUAUCCAAGAAUCAAUUGAAAAUGCAGCUGUUAAUAGUGGCUUGGCACAGGAUCAGAUUGUGUAUUUGGCUUCUGUGUCAGGUACAAACAUAUCACCACCAAUUGAUUCGAGUAGCACUGAAAUCCACAGGAAGACAGAUACUGUGUGGAGAUAAUUUACUUACCCUGCCUUAGCCAGUUUAUCCCAGAAAGAUUUAUAUCUGUUCUUGCUAAUGCCAUAAUCAGUUUAAGAGUUCAAUGAAAUCAUAAUUUUGCCCUUCAAAAAUCAGAUCCUGGCUCACACACGCUUGUAUGUACACAACUGCUUUCUGCUUAGCAUUGCUUGUUGUAUGUCCUCAGCUGCCAUGUGAGCUCCGUGACGCCAAACGGAGCACCUCUGUCCCAAAGCGCCCCCCCCUCAGGACAGCAGCAUUGCCCUUUCUCCUCUGCUGCCAUGUUUACAAGGCAAGAAGACAUGAGAAGUACUCCUUAUUAUUCAUGUAUCCUUCAGACAUGAGACACUCAGUUUUGGUGCAUCUUGAAACUUUG